CUUCAUUCACUUCAACCACUUCAACUGCUCUAAGGGGUUUUAUUUAACUCAAUUUACGCACUUCACUAUCAUCCACGGAAUCUUUUCUCUUGCCCAGGCGCUUAAACAGGAAAAUUAUUCAACUUGAGGACGCUAUUUAGCUUCCAGAACUGCCUUGAAGCUGCACGAAGCUUGCGGAAUGAAAGUUCGACCACUUUAGAAUAUGGAGAUCCAGCUUGAUGAGAUACAAUGGCGGCUGCCUCAAGCCGUCGAAUUCUACCGUGGUGUGCAUACGGACUCAGUCCACCUCUACUUCAUGAACUCCCCCUUCUUCGAUCCGACCUCCAACAACGGCGUCCUCCGGCAACAGAGUGAGCUCAAUCCAGCGAUGCAGUACCUCCUCCGAAGCCGCGCGGAUUUCGAGAACCGACUCAAAACCAUGCAAGGCCUGGAGUUCAUGGUGGUUCAAGAGCCGCAGCAGUUGAGCGAUGGCCAGGAUACGGGGAUAUGGAUCAUUCGAAAGCAGGAGCGACAAAAGCGGCCGGGGAAGGAGGAUGAGCUUACGGUUCUGGGAUCCUACUUUGUGGUUGGUGAGGAUGUUUAUCAGGCGCCUUCGAUCGGGGAUAUCAUCCGGAAUCGGCUGCUCUCGGUCACUACCAGCCUGACGUCACUUCUAUCACUUACAAGCUCCCUACCGCUUUUCAACUCCGCAGAGGGAUAUAGCUACCUCCCACCAACCUCUAAAGAUCUCCAGCUCAGCACCAUCGCGACCUCCCGAUCCCCCAGCCGCGCCAAUACCCCCGGCUCCGAUACUUUCCAACAACCGGGGCACGAACCCUCCAGCGAUGAGAAAAGCGACUUGUCCUUAUUAUGGGACUCAUUCCAGCUCGCCAGUCGAUACGGCAGCGAAUUCGCUGACGAGAACCCCCUGCUCGGCGAGCCGGGCAGCUUCGUAUUCUCGUCGACCAGUGAGCACCUGCAGACGCAAGCGUCGAAGGUGACCUCAUCGCAGAAGUCCGCUACCAAUGUCACCAGCUCCUUCGCGAGCGGCGUGAGCACGCCUACAUCUGUGUCUCGGAAGCCAACGCCGGUCCCGAUAUCUGCAGGUCCUGAGUCUCGCCAGGGGGUAUUGCCGCCGGUGCGGAAAGGUAGCAAAGCGCCGGGAACUGGGAGUACCCCGACGACUCCAAUCAGUGCUGGUGGGACGGGGAAGAUCUCCUUUAAAAGGAGGAAGAGCAAACCGCCGGGGACGGAGGAGAUAGGAUGAGGGGGUGGGAGUUUUUGUUCUUCUGGUUUAGCAUAGCGUUUGGAUUUGGUAGAGGUUGAUACCCCAGGACAGGCGUAUAUCGAAUUUUCUUUGCACAUUUCCAUAGACAUAGAGACCAGGACACUUUAAACAGCGAUUGGACGUAUGGAUGUGUAUCAGUAGACACUCACGGUAGAGAGUGAAGAGUAAGGGGUGCCAAACUGAAGCC